AUGCCUUCCGGCCCCUCCAACCCACGAUCCGCUUCCACCCCGAGAUCAGGGUCGUCGCCCGCUGGCACACAUGGCCCGACUGCGAUAAACCCCAACGAAUCGCAUCUCAUCAUCGGCAAUGAUGGCCAAGACGAUCCUGGGUCUCCCAGUAGGGUCUCUUGGAACCAUCUUCGCCAAGGCGAGAGUCAUCAGCGCAUCCGCCAUGGUGCUCAGCAAUUACUUCGCCUGACCGGUAGAUUCCCCUCCUACAAUGCCGCCAGCCCGGAAGCUGGCUUUGAGGCCACCAACGACCACGCCCUGCCCACCGAGGACGAUUUGCGUGCCAUGUUAAGAUUAUCGCACAGCAUCGCCCGCGAUAUACACGAGAUCAGGACCCUCCAAAGGGAAGAGCCCAAUGCGAAUAAGCGCAAGUCGGGCGAGGGAAGCAGUGAGCAGCAACAGCUCGUCGCUUCCAGGAGCCAUGCCGGGAACAGAGGCAGUCCCCCGGGGGGCCGCAGGCAUCGCCGCAAGACGAUCGAUUUCUCGUGCCACAAGUGUCACCGCGUUGAUACCCCGGAAUGGCGGCCUGGUCCCGACGGUCCCAGCACGCUUUGCAACGUGUGCGGCUUGAUUUACGCCAAACGUGAGCGCAAGAAGGAGGAGUCGACGAUGCCUACCUUUGGAUCUCGCUAA